CACUCGCCACUAUUCUGUCCCCUACCCCAAGGCCUAAAGCACUAAAAACAGAGUUAACAAAAGCUUCCAAGGAAAAAAAAAAUGUUGCGGAAGGCUCUAACAUGCACCGGAAGCGCACUGCAACAACAACAGCCAUGGCGCACAAUAGCAUGGCGGCGGUCGUCGAGUGUUUCCUCAGCCGUGAACAGUAUAAUUCUCCGGUCCCUUAAAGACCACUAUCUUGAAGUCUCCAAAAUGACCCCUCCUCCGAAAGUUAGCCCUCCUACUCCAUUCACUGUGGUCAAGGGGGCACUUGAUCAAGGUGGUCCCGUUCUAAGACGAACACAUGGAAAUGAGGAAAUCAGUAUCUCUGUCAUGCGGUUGGCCAACAUUAUUCCUGGAGGUGGUGGAGAUGAGGAGGAGGAUGGUAUCAAUCAGCUUUUUCUACAUGUUGAUAUUUCAAAGCCAGGACAGAAGGAAUCUCUGCAUUUUCUUUGCGGGCUAUAUCCAGAUGCUCUGGGAAUACACUCGGUUUCAUUGAGGCCAAAGGCUGAGUCUACUGGGUUUCUUGCUGUUCCAACCAAUUACAGUGGCCCAGUUUUUCAAGAUAUUGAUGAGGCAAUGAGAGAUGCGCUGCAUAGGUUCAUUGAAGAGCGAGGAAUUAAUGAAAGCCUCUUUCCAUUUCUACAAGCUUGGCUCUAUGUGAAGGACCAUCGGAAUCUUAUGCGUUGGUUUAAAACAGUUGGUUCACUCGUUAAUGACAGCAAACAAGGAUCUUCUCAUGCCUAAUCUUCGUUUUGAUGGUUCUUUGAAGUGGUUUGUGUACCAUAGAAAAGUGCAAGACUUCUAAAAAUUGUCUAAGCGUAUUGGAGAGUCAGAGAGUUAAUGGAAGGUAAAACGGAAACUAUCUCCUAAAUGAGUUAUAUGCCCGCUUGAAGGUCUUAGUGAAUGUAUAGUUUGCUUGUGACAACUUUCAAUUGUCUUGAUCGUGGAAUAUCAUUGACACAUUGGGAUCGUUUUGAUGUUUUGAGAGAACGAGGCCAUGUGCUUUAUUUUCUAUAUCUGAUCCAAGCUAUGCUUUCUACAUUUUAGUUCACCUCAGGGAAUGAUAUAGUACAGUUUACCUAUAAAACUUAAUACACUGUUAGGUUUGAUAACUUUUUUUUU